CGCUCGACCGAGCAGUCGUUCGAAAUUAGUUUGGUCGAGUUCAUCAUCCGGAGCUGUUGUGUCGUGGAAAGCCGAAAAUGACAGUGCUAAAAUUUGCAGAAGAGUUUACGCGUUUAGUUCUUCGUUACUCGAGAUCUUUACCGAAUAAUGACCCAUCGAAUGAUAUGCCUUUAAACGACGAAGAAAUAAUCUUCACCAUACGUCAUGUGCUUCAAGUACUUUCGAUAAAAGACGUGGACAAGAAUAAUAACACCGCAAAUGCUGUUGGCAUUCCAGAAACUUCGCUCGUUGAUAUCAAACAAGAGAGUGAGAAUACGUGGAGAUCUGAAGAUGUUUUAUCUGUUUGUACGGAUGAUGGUGCUUCUCUUACUGAUACCUCACCAAAAGUUACUGAAAACGAACAAGAGAAUUUUUCCGGUACAUUGCAAGACCGAAAGAAGUUUAUUUCACAAUCGAAUCCUGCCAUCUGUAUUAACAUUAGUAGAUCUGACACUUUUGUUCACGAGGAAAGCCAAAAAAUUACUGAAGACCAGGACAACGUUUUCGAAGAUUCUAUAAAUACUGAAACAUGCGAUUUAUCAGAGAUAAGCGAGCUUCUGGGAGCAUCAUUGAACACAAUACGAGAGUCUACCAUGAAGACUACUACAAAUAUCACAGCAAAGCUGGAUAACAUAGAAGCACUGUUAAAGCAAUUAUUUUCAAAGAAAUUGCCAAAAGCAGUUACAAGUUCCACAAACUGGUCGCAAAAGAUGAAGAUAAAUGCAGGAAAUUAUCAAUCUUUAUCUAAUGGUCAUUCUAGUCUCCGUCACACUCCAAUUACAAACAAACCAAAGGUGUCGCCUAACAGUCGCAAGUCAAGUUCCUUUUUACCAAGAACAUCAACAUCUUCUAAAUUGAGCGUAAAAGAAAAUAUUUCCGCGAGACGUAAAAGUACUGACGGAAUCAGAACUAAUGCAUCUGCUGAGAUAUCUGUCAAAUCUAAAGUGAGUCGUUCGACAUUAAAUAUGAACACUUUGUCACCACGUACCAAAACAUCACCAAGUUCAUCCGCUGAAUUUCAACCUAAGUUAACGAAAAAUCCGAAAUAUGCUCAUAUUAACAGCAUUAUAUCGAAACAAAUUAGUCAAAAGAACAAAAUAAAAUAAUUACUUUUUAUAGAAUAACAUAAAAAUAUUUUGAUAACUUUUGGUUAUUUUUUUAUCGUAAACUUUUAUGUCAAGUAAAUUAUAAUAAUUCAAUUUUAGAGUUUAUCGUCAAAUGUAAUUAAUCAAAAAUAACGGAAAGGAAAAUAAAAA